UAGAGUUAAAUAGGUUUUGGCUCUGGUACAGGCAGUGAUGAAAAACACAUGAGUAGUAACAAGUCUCCUUAAUAUCUGUCUUCAGUACUGAGAUGGGAUAAUCUGAAGAAGCAGUUGACUCAAGUAUCAUCCUCGGUGCCAACAGGAUCAUGUAUUUCAGACUGUGUUCCUGAUUACAAUAGUGAUACGUUCUCUGCAGUAUAAAGUAAGCUACUGGAUAUUACCUUCUCAGGUGGAUUACAAACCAAAAAAAGAGGAAAUCUCUAAAUCUACAAAGGAUUUGGAUUCUAAGGCUACAAGAUGAAGGAAUGUGUGCUUUUCUACUUCCUGGCUCUGUGCUCCGCCAAGCCAUUUAUAUUACCUCCAAAGUACAUGGCACUAACUGACCUCAUGCUGAAUGACAUGGAUGAUGACGACGAUGAUGAUGAUGGAGAUGACGACGACAAAAACUCACUAUUUCCAUUUAAAAGGAACAUACCUUUCCGGCCCACCCCACCUCCGUUUGACAUGCACCCAAUAUGUCCCUUUGGAUGCCAGUGUUACCUAAAAGUGGUGCAGUGCUCUGACCUUGGUUUGGCAUCCAUACCUGCCAAAAUUCCUUAUGACACAAGAUUAUUAGAUCUUCAGAACAACAAAAUAAAAGAGAUUAAGGAAAAGGAUCUACAAGGUCUCACAGCCCUUUCGGCUUUGUUUCUCAACAACAAUAAGCUAUACAAAGUUCACCCAAAAGCCUUCCAGUCAACAAACAAGUUACGAAGACUCUACCUGUCCCACAAUCAGCUCACAGAAAUUCCAUCUAACCUUCCAAAAUCAUUGGCAGAGCUGAGAAUUCACGACAACAAAGUUAAAAAAGUACAAAAGGACUCCUUCAAAGGCAUGGGGGCCUUACACGUUUUAGAAAUGAGUGCAAAUCCACUUGAAAAUGAAGGGAUAGAACCAGGAGCAUUUGAAGGACUGACAGUCUUCCACGUUAGGAUGGCAGAAGCCAAGCUGACAUCCAUCCCUAAAGGUCUACCACCAUCAAUCUACGAGCUUCAUCUUGACCACAACAAAAUUUCAUCUAUAGAGCUUGAAGACUUUAUACGCUACAAAGAACUGCAGAGGCUUGGUUUAGGUCAUAACAAAAUUAAGGACGUAGAAAACGGAAGUCUUGCCAAUAUACCGAAAAUAAGAGAAAUUCACUUAGAAAAUAACAAGCUGAAAAAGGUUCCACCUGGAAUUUCUGACCUGAAGUACUUGCAGGUCUUGUUCCUUCACUCUAAUAAUAUUGCAAAAGUGGAUGUGAAUGACCUCUGCCCCGUACCACCCAAGAUGAAGAAGUCACUCUAUAGUGGAAUAAGCCUUUUUGGGAACCCUGUAAAAUAUUGGGAAGUUCAACCAGCAACCUUUCGCUGCAUCCUGGGCAGGAACAGUGUGCAAAUGGGGAACUUCCGAAAGUAAAAUCAAGCACGCUGGGCUGCUCCGAGCUUAAGGAACAAGCGAUCAAUGGAAAAGGACUGUGCCGUAGUUUUAUAUUUUCAGUUAUUAUGUCUGACGAACAGAAAUCUUAACGGGCUAACUAUGUUUACAGACUAAUUGCAUGAAAUCUAUCUAUUUUAGUAAUAAAUACUUGAAACUUGGCUAAGAAGAAAAUUGACAAGUUAUAGCUCUAAUUUAGUCCGUCCUUUCCAGGCAGAUUAAAUCAUUUGACACGUGAUAUCACAGUAGUAAAGCGUGUACAUUUACGAUUGGUGCUAAUCUAAACUCUGCUGCUGCUUUUUUCCCUUUUUGCAUAAUUCAGUAGCUCCCUUCAGUGUUAGAAUACUGUACGUCAAUUACGUAGAAUACUGUAUUAAAUGAAAAUAUUGAAAAAAUGUUUUAUAUAUAUAACACUUUUCAGGAAUAUCAGAAGUUUAGCCAUGGUUCUUUCCAUCAGGAUAUGACAAAGGCCACUGUCAGCAGAUCCCACGCAGCGCCUAGAUUCUGCUGACUUCAUCUGGGGGGCAGGGUCCGGGGACUAUAUUUUACCACAGCCCUCCAGGCUUCUUGGCAGAAUCACUCUUGCUUGCAAAUAGUUGGAUUUUGAUGACACCAUUAUGUGGUUGAACGUUGGAAUAUGCUAAUGUUCAUACAUUCCUCCCAAUAUCCCCAUGUUCUGCAGGCCCUAUAAAAUACAUAAAAGGCAGACCUCUGGAAAAAGGGACAUAGCCCUGUUCCAAUAUGGGUGUGUCAGAUUUAUUGGAAGGCAGUACUGGGAGAUAAAGAGAUUCCAGAUGGAAAGAUCAGACCAUAUUAUAUGUCAUUUACAUUGGCUGAUCACCAUUCCCUCACAGGCUGUAAAUAUACUGGUGUUAAAGGGGUAUUCUCAUCUCAGCAUUUAGCAUAUAUUUACAGGAUAGGCCAUAAAUGUCUGAUAAAUGCCAGACCCACCUGCAACCUUUGGCUAGAACGGGGGUCCCCCAACUCUGUCAAGGUAUAUGCAGUCUGCGAGAGGUGGCCAGUCAAACGCUCCUGUGAGAACAGAUAUCACUGCCCAUGGAAGGCGCUGUGUACAUGGUAUCACCAGUACCAACAAUAUUCUAUCAAUACCGUCAAGCAUUUCAUAGAACUCAGUGCUCAUAGUCAGUAGACUCCUCUGUAGUAUUCACUAGUCUAAGCAGUUCUUUUGCAUUUGAUUUUAUUGCUCCUCUAUACUAAUGUAGCUUUGAUACUACAGCUCUACUCUCCGUCUACCCUAUAUACACAAGGCAAAGAGAAAUUUAGACCAUCCACAUGAUCUUGCUAGAAGGCCUUGCACUACGCAGAGUUUGGACAUUGUUCAUCAGGUUAAAUUGUAAAAUACUGCAACCGGAACCUCGGCUACACAUGGCAGCAGCCGCGUAAUAACCAGCCUGCAGUCAAAUGCAGUUGUAUGAAAUCGAUGGUAAUGCUACACAUUUGUACCAGUUUUUAUUGAUUUCUAUAGCAUUUUUACAUCCAUCGCAUUUCUCACAACAGGACAAUCAACGUGGCAUGUGGCUUAAUAUGCUGUGUAGCCUGGGCUUUACGCUACAACUAUAGUAAUUUAAGUGAUUAAAGGCAAACAAUCCACUCCACAUAAAGGUAAAAUAUGCUAUGUUGUACUAUAUCUAGUUACUGUAUAUUGUUUCCGUCUGGGCAUAUUAAAUUAAGGCUUAUAUAGUCUCAUACUGUCGUUUAGUAAUAAAAUUGUUUCCAAAAGUG